AAGAGAGAGAGAGAGAGAUGAGGAAGCAAGGUUGAAGUUAAUAAGAAGGGUAUGAAUGAUGUUGCAGAGUUGUGGCUGAAACUUGUUCAUAGUUUAAUUGGGUGAGUUGGGAAUGAUGCAAGCUUGUGCAGCAUAUAAAAAAUUAAACCACCUAUUUGGGUUAGAAUAUUGAAUAAUAACAUAAAACCAGACCACUGUAGGAUGAUAACAAGAUUUAUCUUUCUCUUUUGUCAAAAGGGGUGCAUAAUCAUAUCCAAAAGCACAAUUUUUUUAUCUGUUUUCCUUCAAUGCAGAAGUAGCCAUGCCGAAGCCUUGUGACUUGCAAAUCAACAUCGAUGGUCAGCAGAUAUUUCUAUUGAAAGAGAAGGUUAUUUCAAAAUACUGUGGAGGGUUGAAGAAAAUCUUGAAUCACAGAAAGAGAAGAGGUCAUGUGAAGCAGGAGUUGGGGAUUAGGAUCAAUGAUUUUCCUGGAGGACCAGAAGGGUUUGAGCUAGUUUCAAUGUUCUGUUACAAUAAUGGAAAAAUACAAAUCACUGAAGCUAAUGUGUGUCUCCUACACUGUUGUGCUGUUUAUCUUGGAAUGACUGAGGAGGUACUCAGCAACAAUCUGUUGCAGCAAACAGAAGCUUUUCUCCAGGGAAUCUUCAACUGGAAAUGGAGUGAAACACUUGUGAUUCUCAAGAGUUGCGAGCGGUUUUAUGCAUAUGCAGAUGGUUAUGGUCUUUUGGAGAAGAUCAUCAGUGUCUUAGCCAAGUUUGUGCAGAAUUCAGAUUCAAACCUCCUCAUGUCCUCACCUUCAGCAUCAUCAUCAUCUUCUUCACCAGAAACCAAUUCUGCUAAAAGAUUCUCUUUUUCAUCCAAGAAAACUACCCCAGAAAAAAUAAAGUCAACUUUGUCACGCAAGGCAUGGUGGUUUGAUGAUUUGGCAACUUUACCACCAAAUAUCAUCGAGAAACUUGUCCAGGCUAUAGGAGCAUACAAAGCUGAUAACAAAGAUUUAGUCCUCACAAGAUUUCUGCUGCAUUAUCUGAAACUAGCUACUCAAACCAGAGUAGUUAAUAGCAGCAACAACAGUGAAUAUGCUGCUCUUGCAGAAACUGCAACUUAUGGAGUCAUAUCAGUUGGAAAAGAGAUAUUUUCUUGCAGAGGCCUUUUUUGGGUUUUAAGGAUUGUAUCAAAGCUUGGGAUGGGUAGAGAUGUUAGAACAGAAUUGGAGAAACUGAUUGGUGGGGUGAUUGAGCAAGCUACACUGGAUGAUCUUCUGGUUUCUGGGCAUGACAUGGGAGUUUAUUAUGAUAUUAAUUUGGUGAUAAGAUUGGUUAAGGUAUUUGUUGAUAUGAAUGGCUAUGAUGAUGGAAUGUGUUUACAGAAACUGAAAAGGGUUGGUAGAUUAAUUGACAAGUAUUUGAGAGAGAUAUCCCCUGAUCAGAACCUCAAGAUCUCUAAGUUUCUUGGAGUAGCAGAAUGCUUGCCAGACUCAGCAAGGGAUUGUUAUGAUGGAGUCUAUAAAGCCAUUGACAUCUAUCUUCAGGCUCAUCCAAUUAUCACAUUUGAGGAAAGAUCGAGACUGUGUAGAUGUCUUAAUUACACCAAGCUCACCUUUGAAGCAAGUAAAGAUCUGGCCAAGAACCCCAGAAUACCUCCAAUCAUUGCAAUGCAGGCUCUUAUUUCUCAACAAUCAAAGGUUCCAACAAUUGACUAUGUAACUGAGAGUCCAAGAGUGAAACCUUCCCAAUUAGUUUUGUACAAUGAAAAAACCAGAAACAGCUUCACCAAAGAGAAGAAAGAAAUGGAACACAACAUAGACAAGAUGCAAUGGGGAGUAAUAGAACUAGCGAAAUUACAUAAGGAAAUGAACGGUCACGUAUCGAAGUUGAUCUUGCUUGAUCCUCCUCGUUCUUCAUCCUCACCAAGAUUUUGUUGAGUGUCUUUUCUUCAUCUUGUGUAACUCUCCACCUCUAUCCAAGAUAUUAUAGUGUUUCUGGAAUUGUAAAAAGCUGUAAUUGUAAUUUUAUCUUCUAUUUGCUUUAGAAUUUCAACGCCGUACAUGGAAUCAAAUAGUAGAGAUUUCGUUGCAUA